UAUUAUUGUAGCAAAAAGGACAGAAAACCAAAAACAAUUGUGUUAAAAUUAUGGAGUGUUGAGAGUUUUAAUUAUUAAUUUCUAAUAAAGUGUAUAAAAAUGUUAACUAGAAGAGUUGCAUUGUUACAACAAUGUUCACGCUUAAAGGCAAUUUAUUUGCGACAAUCGACAAAAGCAAAACUUGAUGAAACAGAAUUGGCCUUUCCGGAGAGGAUACGAUUUCCAAUUGCAAAAGCAAAACUUCCAAAGAUUAAACCUAUGUUAAAAGAACUUUUCAUUGGAAAAUUUAAUGCCGAUUUAUUGACUUAUCCCGAGCCCCAGACAGAUCAGCGUGCAAACGAAUUUAACGAGUGGUUGAAGACAGUCGAGGAUUAUGUUAAAACAAUUGACGGCGAACAGGUGUACAAUAGCCCCUCAUUUUCCACCGAAAUACGUGAUAAAUUCAAAGAAUUGGGAAUUUAUGGCGGUCGAAUACCAUUCGAUUACGAUGGUCUCGAUUUAUUAGAUUCAGAAUAUCUUCGACUCAUUGAAGUUCUUUCAACAGUGCCAAAAGUUGGUAUCAAUUUUCUUGAAUGCAACAAUUUUCCAGUGGAAUUAUUAAAACAAGAAGCAACAGUAGAACAGAAAAAUAAUUACCUUAGGAAAAUUGCACUAGGUGAAUAUUAUCCAGUAAUUUGCGCUAACGAAUCUUCCGAUCGUAUCGAUCCCGAUAGUCUUAGUGCCACCGCUUAUUUGUCCCACGAUGAAAAAACAUGGAUUUUAAAGGGACAAAAACGAUUCAUUCAACAGGACAAUAAUGCAAAUCUUUUUAUUGUUUAUGCACUUGCACGUAUUGGUGGCGAUGCACGUCGUUCACCAGAGACACUUUCAGCAUUUUUGGUCGAGAAAUCAGUUCCAGGAGUUGGUGAAUUAAUACCAAUAAAAUCGCCCUGGCUGGGUACGGAGAAUAUGUUUUCUGUUAAUUUCAAUGAGACAGUUAUACCAUAUGGGAAUUUAAUUGGCGAAAUCGGUGGUGGAGUGAAAUCGUUGGAGAAUUAUUUCACUACAAAUUUGCAUUUCUCAACGGGCGUUUAUAUUAGUUGUUUAAGGAGUUUUCUAGAUUCGUUAAUUAAACAUGUGAUAAAGUACAAUAUGCACGAACGUGAGAGUGUGAAAAAAAUUGUUGCAAAUAUAACAUUAUCGCUGUAUGCAAUGGAAAGUAUUGCGUAUUUAACAACAUCAUUUGCAGAUUUGUACAAUGAUCAGGAUUUAAUUGUCGAGCAAGCCGUGGCAAAGGAAUUUUGCAGCACAGAAUGCAUUGCAAGAUUAGCCGAAGGUUUACAAAUCUUAGACUCUCAUCUCUGUGCAAAUACAUUUCCAUUCGAACAGGUGAUGAGAAAUCAAAUGUUCGCCAUUCAAGGAAAUAAUGAUUUAAAAACCUAUAUUGGAUUAUUGGGCAUUCAGCAUGCGGGAGUUGUGUUGGGCGAUGAAGUGAAACAUAUGCGUAAUCCCUUCGAAUAUCCUGCGACAUUAAUGAGAAAAGUCUUUCAAAUGGAAGAAUCAUUUCCAAAACUUCAAUUGCAGGGGAAUCUUCAUCCUUCGUUUCAACCACAUAUUCACUUUCUCGAGGAAUCAAUUGGCAGAAUGAUGAAGGCAAUUAAGGUAACUUUAAUCAAUUAUGGUGCAGAAGCGGUAACAAAGGAAAUUGAUAUGCAUCAAGUAAGUGAAAUUGCAUCAUUAAUUUAUGCAAUUACCGCCUGCUUUGGACGUGCAUCGAGAUCAUAUUGCAUUGGUCUUGAAAGUUCAGAAUACGAAAUGCAAACAUCAAUCGCAUUUGCUUAUAAAUCCUAUUAUAGAAUUAAAAAACUUUACGAGCAACUUCUGGAUGGCGAAGCUAAAAAUGGUAAUCUAUUCUAUACAGCAGUUGCAAAUCGUUCCUACGAAUUGAAAAAGUAUAUCUUACAGAAUCCUCUGACAAAAAAUUGGUAAAUUACUUUUUAAAAAAUUUUUUUUUUUUUUGUAAAUUUUCAAAAUAUUUUGAAAUUGUGAAAAUAAGGCAAAUUGCAUUUUAAAACAAUGAAUGUAAAUAGUAUAUUAAUUAUGUAGCAUUUAAGAAAUUUCACGUAAUAAAUAUGAAAAAAUGA